CUGCUAAUGAAAAUUUAUCUUUUUUGUGUAUGGCAACAUUAAGCCUUCUUUUUAGCGAUUCUUCUGUGGAGCAAAAGCUACAACAUGAAGCAAAUCGUCGCUAACCAAGGGGUCAAAAUCCCUGAGGGAUUGACUGUUCAUGUGAAAUCACGACUUGUGACUGUAAAAGGGCCUCGAGGAAUUUUGAAGAGGAAUUUUAAACAUUUGGCUGUGGACAUUCGUAUGGAUGGUCCUCGGUACCUGAAAGUGGAAAAAUGGUUCGGUUCGAAGAAAGAACUUGCUGCAGUACGGACUGUAUGCUCCCACGUAGAAAACAUGAUCAAAGGUGUAACCAAGGGAUUCCAGUACAAGAUGAGGGCUGUAUAUGCUCACUUCCCCAUCAACUGUGUUACCACUGAAGGAAACACACUGAUUGAAAUCCGUAACUUCCUUGGUGAGAAGUACAUCCGAAGGGUAAAGAUGGCACCUGGAGUCACAGUUGUAAACUCCCCGAAGCAGAAAGAUGAACUGAUUAUUGAAGGCAACUCACUUGAGGAUGUAUCCAGCUCAGCUGCCCUCAUUCAACAGUCAACAACAGUUAAAAACAAAGAUAUCAGAAAGUUCUUAGAUGGGCUCUAUGUUUCCGAGAAAACCACUGUUGUGCAGGAUGAGAUAUAAUAAGGACAUUAAAUAGAAAAUCUUUA